GCACCAACCGCCAUGAAGGCCUUGAAGAAGGUCAAGAAGAGCCUACAUGCGAUACUCCCGCCAAACAACCUGAAAGCUACGGCUCGUGUGGUGCCCGGGCCGGAGCUUACAGUGUCUAUGCUGCAUGCCGCUGUGCAAGACGAUGUCCACGACACCAAAAUGCUCAGUCGAUGCGGCAGAGACCAGUCUCAGGCGCCAAUCCACGUGCUCCCCGCGGAAGUCCUGGCCGACAUCUUCAUGGAGGUGUGCGUGAAAGCAGUUCAGCCGCUGGAGUAUUCGUUCUUCGAAUGCAGCGAGGUCUGUGUUCACUGGCGCCAAAUCGCGCUCGGAAUGCCACUACUCUGGUCUAAAGUCAACUUUUGCUCGCCGACAUGGGUGCAGACUUGCCUGCGCCGCUCGAAAUCCAGCCCGCUGAUUGUGGAAUGUCAUUUGAGCCAUUUCAUCAUUUCUCGGCGACAAAUGACCAUUCACCAACGAAUCGCCGCCGUGUUGGAGUUUGCACCAGAGCGCAUACGGGAGGUCUUUCUUUAUGGGCACUUUCCUCACGAAUCCUUAACGCGAGCGCUCCGCGGCAGGUUCCCCGUCCUAGCGAAGAUGUCGAUAACGCAAAUAAUCAAUGAAACCUACUCAACGCCGACGGGAAGCGAAAGAGAACCGCUGUACCCCAGUCUUUGA